AUGGUGGCUAUCUUCAACAAUGCAAGUAGAGACUUGCUUAAGACCGUGGAUUGGACCGCGGUAAGCAUUGAGGCGGGAUAUGCUUCGCGUUCUUCUGCUCGUGAUGCGUUUACCAGGCGCUGUGAUCGCGUUGGUUGGCUUCAAGGCGGAGUGACUAUUCUUCCUGUUGCUGGUGCUUCCGGUGCUUCCGGCGCCGCUGCCGCCGCUGCCCGCUCCUCCCCCCGGUCCUCCCGCUGCCGUGCCGGCUGUGGCGCCCGCUAUCAACCCGGUCCCCGCUACUGUACCCACCACCGCACCGGCCGUUGCACCUGCCGCUCCGGUCCCGGUCCCGGCCCCUUAUCCGACUGUCCCGGUCCCGGCCGUUCCGGCUCUUCCGGCUCCUGCCACCUCGGCUACCCCGACCACCCCGACCGCCCCGGCUGCUCCGGCUGCUCCGGCUUCUCUGGCUUCCGCGCUGCCGAGCGGCCAUAUUAG